AUGCUGGGGUUGCCUGCCAGAUGUGCCGAUGGCAAUUCAUUCAGAAGCCGCGCAGACAUCCUGAUGCCUACGUGGAUCAACAUUUUCCUUGCUUUCCUUCACCUGGCAGCCAGCGUACCCACGUAUAUCUGUCCUCGUGGAUAUUGGGCUGCCACAGUUAGGUCUUCAUCGUCUGGUCAGAGCAUUGGGGAUUACAGUAGUGAUCGAGAAUACAGUCUCCCCUACGGACCCAUUGGAAAUGCGCCGAUCUGCCGUUUUUGUCCCGACGUCAGUUGUUUCAUCAGAAAGCAGAAGACCAAGGUGACUAAAAGCAAACCGGAAGUAAGGAGACGACCGCGGCCACAUCAGACACAGGCACAGACGACCACCCCUAUUGUCCCUGCCAUCGAUGACCUCUUUACUGUCUUCGAUAAUACAACAUCAACUAAGGCGCCUGAGACACACGAAGAGGCGGGUGUUCAGAUGUCAUGUGCCAAAUAUGCUGAUUUACCAUUUCCUGAGGAGAUAAGCACAUACCUAGACUGUGUGCAGAUUGGACAAGCUGAUCAAUACUAUCUUUUCAUUUACCAACCUCUGAAUCUGGAGAAGAAAGUGGAGCCUGUUGAUUGCAUUGAUCCAGAUUUCCUCAAAUGGGUGCCCGCAAAUGUCUCAAUAAAGGGCAUAGAACUAGGUUUUCCUAUGAAACGAUUGCCACCGUACUUCUUCCGAUACUACGGGCAGCUACUUACGGUAGGAAUUUUUAAAUGCCUUGAGGGACUUUUUCGCAUAACAUAUACUUGA